AUGGCUUCCAAGUGCCUCAAGGCCAGCUUCUCCUCGGGGUCUCUCAAGGGCCCCGCUGGUGGCUCUGCCCGGGCGGCCACCAUGUACUCCAGCAGCUCCUGCAGGCUCCCCAGCCUGGCCCGCGGGGCCCGGAGCUUCUCCUCCUGCUCCGUGGGGCUGGGCAGAAGCAACUGCAGGGCGGCCAGCUGCCUGCCCGCUCUCUGCCUCCCCGCUGGGGGCUUCGCCACCAGCUACAGCCUGGGCGGGGGCUGGUUUGGGGAGGGGAUCCUCACGGGCAGCGAGAAGGAGACCAUGCAGUCCCUGAACGACCGCCUGGCCAGCUACCUGGAGAAGGUGCGGCAGCUGGAGCAGGAGAACGCCAGCCUGGAGAGCCGCAUCCGGGAGUGGUGUGAGCAGCAGGAGCCCUACCUGAGCCCCGACUACCAGUCCUACUUCCGCACCGUCGAGGAGCUGCAGAAGAAGACCCUGUGCACCAAGUCGGAGAACGCCAGGCUGGUGGUGCAGAUCGACAACGCCAAGCUGGCUGCGGAUGACUUCCGAACCAAGUUCGAGACGGAGGCGGCCAUGCGGCAGCUGGUGGAAUCGGACAUGAACGGGCUGCGCCGGGUCCUGGAUGAUCUGACCCUGUGCAAGGCCGACCUGGAGGCCCAGGUGGAGUCCCUGAAGGAGGAGCUGCUGUGCCUCAAGAAGAACCAUGAGGAGGAAGUGAACUCACUGCGCUGCCAGCUUGGAGACCGGCUCAAUGUGGAGGUGGACGCUGCUCCGCCUGUUGACCUGAACCGUGUCCUGGAUGAGAUGCGGUGCCAGUAUGAGACCCUGGUCGAGAAUAACCGCCGGGAUGCUGAGGACUGGUUCAACACCCAGACUGAGGAGCUGAACCAGCAGGUGGUGUCCAGCUCGGAGCAGCUGCAGACAUGCCAGGCAGAGAUCAUCGAGCUGCGGCGCACGGUCAACGCGCUGGAGAUCGAGCUGCAGGCCCAGCAGAGCAUGAGAGACGCUUUGGAAUCCACGCUGGCUGAGACCGAGGCCCGCUACAGCUCGCAGCUGGGCCAGAUGCAGUGCAUGAUCACCAACGUGGAGUCGCAGCUGGCUGAGAUCCGCAGCGACCUGGAGCGGCAGAACCAGGAGUACCAGGUGCUGCUGGACGUGCGGGCCCGGCUGGAGUGCGAGAUCAACACGUACCGGGGCCUGCUGGAGGGCGAGGACUGCAAGCUCUCGUGUACCCCUGACCUGUCGUCCUCCAAGUCCUGCCUGCCCUGUCUCCCGGCGGCCACCUGUGCCCCUAGUGCAGGCCGUACCUCCUGCAGCCCCCGUCCCCUCUGUGUGCCCUGUCCAGGGGGGCGGUUCUGA